AUGUGUAAAGCCAAAUCUGAAAAGAAAAAUAUGAAUAAAAAUAUGUCAAUUGAUAAUAUUAAUAGUGAGGAGACUCUUGUUGAAAUAAUUUCUAUUAAAGAAAUUAGUAAACAUAUUGAAGAUUCGAUUGCUAGUUUAGAAAAUGAAGAUAUCAAAGAUAGAAACAGGUGUCAAGAAUUAGAAACUAAAAUUGCUGCUUUAAACUGUUUAGUUAAAUAUUUAAAUAUAGAAAUGGCUACAAACAAUUUAUGGCAUGUUGAAUCUGUUGUUAAUAACUUAG